UAGGUUUGCGACAUUUUUGUUCUCUCUGAUCAUACUCAGCAGUUGACGACACCAUUGAUCUCGAGUUACGACAGAGUAUAUACCUGACAGAUACAGGGACUCAUUAGGACAUUAAUUCAGGUGGGUUGAAAAUGAUAUUUGUGAGGUGACAAUACGAACGGUUAAUUGAAGCCCGGAAAGAUGUGAAAAUCCUGAAUGGGACGUAUUAUUCUCGCCAAGCUCAUCGUUUUAGUGAAUACGGCUAUUGUCAGUAUUUUACGUUUGUGAAGUCUAUAGACACAGUUCCUUUAAAUAUAGCCAUAAAAUGUGUGGUAUGACUCUUUGGUUUAUGACUUUCAUAUAAGUACUGUACCGGACAAUAAUUUCCAUUAGCGUUAAGCGCCACGCUGUAGUCCAUGCGCUUGCCUGCACAUUUAUCAAACUUCAAAAUCGACCUUGUAAAUAUUUGCCUCCAUCCAUCUCCAUCGGCGAGCGACGCUUUAUCGAUAGACUGCUUCCUGCAAACUUGGCAGUAAUAUUUAUAGAAAGAAACUGAACACUGUUAAACAAUAGGUGAAAGACAUGAAAGGGAACUGCCGAGGCCUCUCCUAGUCCACAGGUAAAGAAAACGGUGAAAUCAGCAAAAGUCAUUCCACUGAACAUCCCAGAAUUAUUGAAGAGUUCAGUACCGAUGUGGAGUAAACAGUAAGCUCAACUGGCGGUCCCAUUAUCUGAUGACUUGCUCUUCACUUGGGAAUGAAUUUACACAAAAAACUUUAAUUAAGAAAAUGGAGAAGACAGGGAAAUUAAGACAAAGCUUAUAAGGCAGACGAUUUCAUCUGAUACGAGGCAUUGAUUUAUAAGGGAGCAGAAGACCAGUUGUGCGCAGGUUCAUGUGAUUUGCAGCUGACUAUACACUAGUAUAUAUAUUUACGUGCACAAACAAGGAAUCAUUCUUUUAUACUUAUGUUUUUAUCCCAGAUCAUCCAGUCUAUUCAGCAUUGCCUCUCAAAAAACAGUGAAUUACAAUCAAACUCGGAAUAAUCCGCCACAAAAUUAACUACGCAGUGAUACUGAACGAACACUAUUUUACCACGUGACCCAUCAGAAUGAGCUCACCAGACCAUGUCCUCGGCCGUGGCAGGAUGCAUCAGCAACAAGGGAGCUAACCUAGUACAGUUGACGUCAUUUUCUUUGGUGCAGGACUGCAGAACGGAGAAAAUUGACAACAGCCUGAAACUGGAAAUCACAAAGCUGGUCAGCGAUCUUAACCACGAGACUGCGCAGUACUGUACCUUGGCGGUUGCCCUUGGCGGAAGUCAGGACACAUUGGACCUCCGCGAUGAACUCAAACAUAUCCGCCAGAGGGCCUUCGAUAUAGCACGCCAGAACAAGAAUAAAUUGAUUCCCGCUUUGCGAAAAAAAAAUGUUUGUGAAGAUGAUGCCAAGCAGUUGGAGAGGCUGUACAACAUGUACUCAUCAAGUCUGGAGCUGUUAGAGGUGGAGCUAUUCCAGACCCUCAGACUACAGAAAAUGUUCCCUCUACAGUCAGGUGUUCACUUCCUGAUCAAUGUAGGGACAUCCGAGCCAUUUUUGGGCUGUAAAUCCCAGAUUAAUAUCUCAGAAGUUUCCAUACAGAGAGAAUCAGAGGAAAUUAGUCAGUUAGAAAAGGAUUUAGCAGAUGUCCGGGAUCUCUUGUUCACCAUUUAUCAGAAAAUAGCCGUCCAGCCCUGGGCGGCUGACGCCUACAACGAAGCUCCUCAGCGAGAGGAAGAUUGUAAGUCCGAAUCCUCGUCCAAUGGGUCCACCGCGUCAUCCAUAGACAUUACCAUGGUAGAACCAAACAGUAAGAAGAAGCGCUGGUUGUGUGUCGUCAUUAUGACUUUUGUUGCAGUCCUAUUGUCCGCGGCCAUUAUUGGCGUCUGCCUUGGCUUACUGAAAUGACAUUAGACAUGAUGCAAACAGACUAUUACUACCAUAUGUAGAAAAUAGAAGUAUAUUUAUUUGCCAGUUAUGAUCCCAUGGGGACAUAACGUAAAUACAAGCAGGAUUUGUUAAACAUAUGCUGAGUUAGCAUAUUGUAAUUUUGUUUUGUCUUUACUACCACCCGGUAAAUAAGAGAAAUACAAUAUGACACAUACAUGAGGACAAAUCAACAAAAUGUUUUACAGAUCCAGGAUAAACCUACAAGUUUAUAUUUAAUAGCUAGUCAUAUACACAUUUAAAAAAGUUAAAAGAGGGAUCAUAGUGUAUCGUCUUGACCUUUGUAAUCAACAUGAUCAACAAUAUGUACUAGUGUUUUUCAAAGUACGUUUUAUACAACCCCCCCACCCCCAUUCUGUCUGACAGUCAGAGUUUAUGAUUUUAACAUUAACAAAUGUAUUCUAAAGUUUUACAAACAUUUCAUCGGUGACCAGUGAAAUUCACUUUGAUGCAAAAAUAACAUUAAAAAGAAUUGUAAGACUAAUAUAUACAUUCAAUCUGCAAUUUUCAGAUCAUUCAAAUUAAUAAAAAGCAGAUUUCACAGUUCUUUUUUCCUUGAAAGCACCAAUGCUACUGAUAUUUCACAAUUUUUAUAACUUCGACCACAGCGACCUUAACCCGAACUAAACUAUUUUAUAAGAGUCCGUCAGAUAUAAUGUUGAGUGGAAGGAAAAUUGACAAUUGGCUGUGCAGUACCGUCAACAUUUCAAAUUAUUCUGUUUAACAAUGUUUAGUCAAAGCUUCGUACAGUAUUCCCUUGAAUUAUUCAAUUUUUAACCUGUAUGUAUAAUAAGGUACUUUAUAGUCAGCGUUAAAAUAUAUCUUAAAAAUUUAAAAACUUACGUACAUAUAUUCUUAAAUAAUAGAAAUAAUACUUGAACUCAACAAUCUGAAGUGUUAAACUUGUCUUAGUAAACUCGCAAAACAUUCUGAGUAAUGUAGUGUAGAUCACUUUAUUUUCGCGAGAGGGCUAUUCGGUUUUUAUAAGCGAUACAAAAUUUUGGCAAGCUAGGGUUACUAAUACAAAUAUACGCGAGAAUGCAUUUAUAAACAAAAAGCGAUAUACAGUAGUUUAACAAUUUAUUCAAGCGGAAACUAACUUCACGGUGCUAAUCACAUUUCUGCCUUAACCUAAAUUCUUUUCAUAAAAUAUAAGAAAAUUUAAGUCUGUCUUUAGCUUUCCUUU